AUGAGUUCAACCGCAUUCCUCAACCAAGAUGCGCCUCAGUCAGGUGCUUCCCUUGCGAAUCCGCCCAAGCCAAAGGCUAUAGAGCUCAAUGGCACUCCGCUUCCUAAUCUUUCGCACACACAAGACGAGAAGUCGCUCUCAACAGAAAAGCUGUCAGAUACAGACGAUCCUGCUGACAGCACCACCAACACAACAACAAACGACACAAUGACACUCGAUAAACCCCUUACGAACUCUACAAAUAAUCACACGACCAAAACGACGUCUACGGCUCAAGAUGAAGCUCCAAUCGCAAAGGUCAUACACUUCUUCGCUACGGCGACCCCUGGCUCCCUCGCUGGCGUCGCAGUCGGGUUUGCUGCUUUCACAUACUUCACAAUGGGACGCUUAGGACUUGUUCUCAUCGGAGCAUUCGGUGGAGUUGCCGGGUUUGUUUCGUGGGAAGCUAGGAACCCCGAACUUGCCAGGGCUGUGCGAGGAGAGCGAGGCAUUGACGUUAUAGAUCGACUUCUGGAGGCCAAGAGCAACAAGACUUCAGAGAAGCAGGAGGACAGCAGCGACGAUGACGAGCCUGCUGCCAAGAACUUUGACGAAUUUCGACCAGAGACUCGUGAAGCCCUCGGAGGACUUGUCGAUGCCGUCAUUAAGGACUACGUCAAAUGGUGGUAUAACCCGAUUGUUCCGGCAGACCACUCUUUCCCUCUGGCGUGCCGUAAGACGCUCACAUCCUACGUCCUUUCCGUCUCGAACCACCUUAGCCGAAAACGCCCUGCCGAUACCUUCCUCGACCUUCUUACCAACUCUUCUUCCAUGAUAAUCGUGUUUAUGGGGGAGCUUUCAGCUGCCUUUUCUGAACUUCCUCCAGACAGUAACAUGACCGCAGCCGAUGCCGUCUACAACUACUUAGCAGCAAACCCCGACUGCCGCUUGGCAAACCUUUUGAAUCAGCGCCAACAGGCCUCGAAGUUCAAGAUGGUCGCUGAAGACCUCCUGAAAUUUCUGGAUCGAAAUUCGUAUAACUGUGACCCUGCUCGAGUCUUUCUACGGGAGAUUAUCGCAAACUCGGUCCUGGAAAAGACGCUGCAUACCUGUAGCCAAGCCGAUUGGAUCAAUGGAUGGAUUGUGUACUUGUUGGAAGGUGGAGAGCCGGACCUAAACCAGGCAAUUGAUGUUGGCAUGAAGCGUGCUCCCGAGCCAAGUAUUGCAGCAACUAACGUUUUUGCGGAUCUGGAUGGAAACGUUGGUAACAUCGGUAUCGCCAAACCUGGACGUAGUUCUUUGGAAAACGAAAGGGCUCGACGUAAGGAGACGCUUGGUCAUAAGAAGAAGUUGAGCAAGGCAGACGAAGAGAUGGACGAAGCUAUGCAAGAGAUGAAGCGUAUGAACGAACUGAUUGCUCAAGAGGAAGUCCGAAGAAAACGCGCGUCAAUGGCUUCUAUUCAAGGAUCAAACCCCGAUCUCAGCAACGGCGAGAAGCGAUUGUCUGGCGCACCGGACCUCAGUGACAGACCCCUACCAGCAUCUACGUCAGAAGGGUUCUCUUCAAAGAGUGACCUUGUCCAGACUCCUCUGACCCCCCGCUCACCAAUGGACUCGUCGAGUCCCGAGUCGUCACCCCGCCGGUCGGAUGGCACUCGCUUCACCAGCUUUGACCAAAUCGUACCACCUGGACAAGUUGCAGCCGAAGGGGAUGACGAAGUGCCUAAGAAGGCACCGCUGACUCUUCACAAUGCGACCAUCACUCUUCACGACGACACUCCCGGCGAGUCAACUCGUAUUCGCAACAAGCCGACUUGGGACUACUGGGUCCAAGUCGAGCCUUCUGUGACAGCAUACCCUGGAUGGAUGAUUGUGAGGAGAUACGGUGAUUUUGAGACUCUUCAUGAGAUUCUGAGGCGAAUUGCUACCAUCUCUGGCGCAACUGCCUUCACUGAACUUCACAAGGACUUGCCCGAUUGGAAGCUGCACACUCGCGAGUCUCUUCGCGGUGAGCUAGAGAGGUAUCUUCGAGAUGCUUGCUGGUAUCAGAGUUUGGCGGAGAGCGAAGGAAUGAAGCGAUUCUUGGAAAAGUCAAAGGGACACACGCACAGUGAAUCCAAAGCUGGCUUUGGUUGGGAGUCCAUGGGUAAAGGCAUGCUAGACGCGUUGACAACAGCGCCCAAGGGUGCGAUGGAGGGUGGCAAGAGUCUAGUUGGCGGUGUUACUGGAGUUUUUGGCAACACGUUUUCAGGUCUCAGCAGGAAAUCUACUCAGUCAGUAGAUCUAACAGCCAACUCAAGUCGUCUUUCCAUCUCAACCCCUCCCGGUCAGCUCAGCGGCGCGCGAUCCCCCAUUCGCUCAGCACGAGACAGCAUGGAUAGCACGCGGUCAUCUAUUGUCUCAUUGCAGCCUGGGAAGAUGCCUCCCAUGGAGCGUCGUCCAAGCUACCAGUCACAGGGCGAGUCGGAUCCGGACGUUCGUGCUAGUCGCUCUGAACACAAGGAGUCGGCCUCAGCCUCGGCGAGUGCUCUUCCUAGUCGGGAGCAUAGCCGUGCGCCUAGUCUUGCACAGCUACGAUCUCCUUCCGCAAUCAGCCUCGACUUCAGCAAGCUCCCUCCGCCACCUGAUCAGAUUACCGAUGACUACAGCCUGCCUGAAGGCCAAAAUGACAUCCAGUCUAACGGCAUCAAGGGACAGCAGCAGCAGGAGCGCAAGAGCUCCUCAGAGAUCCCUACGCCUCCUCCUUCAGUGACAAGUGGAAAGAGGGCAUCUUUGAAGCCUGCUAAGCAAUAUAGUCCACUUACAGAAGCUGAAACUCGUGUGGCGGUAGAACUUCUGUUUGCUUCGAUCAAUGAGAUGUACACCCUGUCCUCAGCAUGGAACAUCCGUCGUACUCUCUUGACAGCUGCCAAAUCAUUCCUACUCCGACCCGGCAACCCUUCGCUCUUGACAGUGCAGUCACUGAUUCAGAAGUCGGUUAUUGAUGCCAAUACAUCUGAUUCGGGUAUUGCAGAGCAGUUGCGCAAGGUUCGCGAGAACAUGAUGCCCACGGAGCAGGAGCUUGCAGCAUGGCCAGCCGAGUUGACGGCCGAUGAGAAGGAACAACUCCGCAUCAAGGCUCGCCGACUCCUCAUCCAGAGUGGCCUUCCAGCUGCUUUGAUGGGUGUCAUGGGUCAAGCGGCAACAGGUGAAGCACUUGGCAGAGUCUUUGACUGUCUGCAAAUCGAGGAGGUCGCAAGAGGACUCAUCUUCGGUCUGGUUCUUCAGGUUGUUGGAAUCCUAACACACUAG